AUGAAGAAGAAAAUUUCAAAACACUCAAGAGCUGCUAGAAGAGAAGUCGUUCAGACCCCUGAAGAGAAGAAUCUUUUGAAUGAACCCAGAAAAUCGACUAUCAUCGAUAAGAACAAAUUGAUUAUGAGGGCAACAAUUAAAAAUGAGAAAUUGUUGCAAAAAAAACUAGAAAAUAAAAAGACUUCAAACAUAAACUAUAUGAAUAACAAAAUUAGUAAAAAUAGCUGUAGCAAGAGAACCCUCAAAAAUACUAGAUUUCUAAAAGAAAAAAUAAUCAAAUCAUUGAAACUUGAUGGAAAAUUAGAAAAUAAAGUCCAAAAAAGUAUCAAAAGAGCCAAAGUGGUUCAAAACGAAAGAAAAUCCAAUUGGGAUGUCAUAAAUCAAAAAAUCAAACUCGAUAGCACUAAUGCUGACUCCAAAGACACUAAAACUACCUUGGAGACUAACACUGAAACCGCAGAAAUGGACGUGGAGCUCAUGGGCUCUGAUGAGGAAUCUGAUGCUGACGCUCCAAAACCGUUGAAUCCCUUUGAUAUGUUACAAGAAGUGGAAGCAUGA